UUUAAAUGUAGUGAGGGAGGAAAAGACCUAUGCUCCCUUUACGUUAGAGCUGAUAGUCUCUUAUCUGAGCAUCCGAGAAAUACUCCCGUUAAUCGCACAUCAUUGCCGACGUCCUAAUGAUAGAUAGAGGAAAACGAUUCAAGCUGUGAGACUAUCAGGAAAAAGGAAACAUACUAGGACAUUCUGUGGUAGAAGUUCUGAAUUAGAGACAAAAAUUUGUAUUUUUUUUAUUUUUAUACAAACAGGCCAGUUUAAAACGAUUAAAAAUGACUAGAAGAUCUUGUACUAUUUACGCCACAGGGAUUGUGUGCGCUCAUUUGCUAAUUUUGGGAAUCGCCCUUCUGCUGGCUCAAGUCUUCCAAACAAUGAUCCAAGAACGGAUAAAAAAGGAGAUCACGCUGGCUGAGAACAGCAGAGUAUUGGAUGGAUGGAUAAAUCCACCACCUCCUGUUUACAUGCAGUAUUUCUUCUUCAAUGUUACCAAUCCCGAUGAGUUCUUGGCGGGGAAGGAAAAGGCCAAAGUUACUCAGAUGGGGCCAUAUACCUACAGGGAAUAUCGACCAAGAGAAAAUGUGACUUAUCUUGAGAAUGGGACAAAGAUUUUUGCCACAAAUCCCAAGAGCUUUGUGUUUCUUCGCAACAUGUCAGCUGGAGAUCCUGAGGUUGACCGUGUGACAACCGUUAAUAUUCCAAUGAUUGCAGUGAUGAAUGAGUUAAACUCCUACUCCUUCUUUGUGAGGACAGCUGUAUCUAUGUAUAUGGGGUCCAUGGGCAUGGGCCUGUUUAUGAAUCGUACAGUUCAUGAGAUCCUGUGGGGUUUCAAAGAUCCACUUCUGACCAAACUCCACGCCAUGAGACCAGAAGUGGAUGAGCAUUUUGGCCUCAUGUACAAUAAAAAUGGAACCCAUGAAGGUGAAUUUGUCUUCCACACUGGAGAGAAGAAUUACAUGAACUAUGGCAAGAUUGAUACGUGGAACGGCAUCAGUCAGAUGAAUUGGUGGUCAUCUAACCAGAGCAACAUGAUCAAUGGUACUGAUGGCAGUGUCUUCCAUACCUUCCUGUCCAGAAAAGAGCUCCUCUACAUCUUUGCUGCUGAUCUCUGCCGAUCUAUCCAUUUGGGUUACGUGAGGGACAUGGAAGUGAAGGGCAUCCCAGCCUUCCGCUUCGCUCCUCCUUCAGAUGUACUAGCUCCUCCAGAUGAGAACCCGGCAAAUGCUGGCUUCUGCGUGCCUGCUGGAGACUGUCUAGGAAAAGGAGUCCUCAAAGUCAGCGUCUGUCGUCAAGGUGCACCCAUUGUUGUGUCAUUCCCUCAUUUCUACCAAGCUGAUGAGAGGUACAUCAAUGCCAUUGAAGGGAUGAAUCCAAAUGAGGAGGAACAUGAAACAUACCUCGACAUCAACCCGACCACAGGGGUUCCUAUUCGAGCUUGUAAGAGAGCUCAACUCAAUAUCAUACUGAAGAGAGUGCGUGGCUUCCCUAACACAAAAUUUCUCAAUGAGACUAUUUUCCCCAUUAUGUACGUCAAUGAGACAGCAACUAUUGAUGAUGAGUCUGCAGCCCAGAUGAGGAUGCUCCUGUUAAUUGUAACAGUGGUAUCCAACUUUCCAGUCAUCAUUUUGGCAUUGGGGGUGAUUUUACUUGUAGUCCUUAUAUUCCUCGUCUGCAGAAACCGCCAGAGAAAGAAUGAAGUAAAACGUAUUGAUUUUACUGAAGCUUUUCAUUCUUUUGCUACAACAAAAGAUGAAACUGCUUAUACCCAAGUGAGCAACCAAGCAGAGGAUUCACCAGAGAACCGCAACAAUCAGCCAUUGAGGAAUGGAUCAUAUAUUGCCAUGUCACCAGUGGAGGCACAAAAGUGUUGAUGAAGAUGACCGAUGAACUUUCGCCUGAGGACAUUAUGUCUAUUCUCACCAUUUUUUAAUGUGUUUUACUUUUCAUCGCAGCAGUCUUCUUUGGGGGCCAGUCACCACCUUUGGCUGAGGGUCACGCAUUUUACUAAAGACUUUUUUCUUUUGUGUUUGUUUGUUUCCUUGAGCAUGGCCUUCUCAAACUGCCAUAUCAAAGCACCCAAUUCAGUUUUGUAGAACCAACUCUGGGUUUCCAGAGGCUUCCGUUGCCUAUUCCUCAGAGGCCUGAAACACACUCUUGCCUUUUUGAAAACACAAAUAUGCAUUGCAUGUUCACAGAGUCGUACACCCUCUGAGCAUGAGUGUUCUAGAUGGGUGAAAAUACUGGGACCGCCUGUGCUCUUAAAGUGUUUCAAAUCUCUUCUCACACUACUGUAUACUGGUCAGCACAGGCAGACCUUGAACUAACACAUCUCUUCAUAUGUCAAACCCUUUGAUAAUGAGCAGACAAAUGCAAACUGUUGAUUUCUCACCUCUAGAGUAUUAGGGAGCUAAAAGGUCUAAUAUGCUUACAAAAACUGGGUCUUAUCCAGGACUUUUGUGUGUGUGUGUGUGUGUGUGUGUGUGAAAGAGAGAGAUUGCACAUAUGAGUGUGUUUGUAAUUAUAUGUGAGUAUUUCAGCAAGCAUGUCGGUGCUUGCAUGCUUUUGUCACAUUGUGGUGAACUGCUCUGUUGGCUCACUGUUUAAACGACACAGUGUGACAGCAAGUGGAAAAAAAUAGUGACAGUCCUUUCCAUUUCACAGUGUCUGAAGUACAUUCAUUGGGAUGUCAGAAACAUUUCAGCUGUUACAAAAGGUCAGAAAGUCAUUGUAUUGCAUAAAUCGCUUAGUAUUUUAUAAUGAACAAACAACACUCACAAGUGAGACUUGAAUAAUUCUGCCUUACAAAUACUUAAGAACAUAAUGCGGUUCUGCUGCAUGGCAUUGGCAGGUGGAACUAGAUGAAUUGCCAACGAAACACGUCUGUUCUGUGAUAGUGAGAGCACAAAUAUAGUAUGCAGAUCCCAUGGUCUAAUCGUAGCAGAAGGGGUUAAAGGUCAGCGAGUUUUGAGCAGUAAAGUUUUGCACAAUUCUUUUCUGUGCAAGUCCAAUUUAUAAUAACCCUCUGUGGGUGAAAGACCUAGCACUUGAAUCACUACUUG